ACCCUACCUCAUCCCAUGAACCACAGGGGGCCACAUCACCAGAAAAUGUAGCAGAAGUUAUGAAGGAAAGAAAAGAUAUUUGUCAUAGUCCAGAAAUUUCUGGAAAUUUACAGAUAGGUGCAGAAGAUAUUUCAGAAGAUCCAGAUAAAAAAAUAACCAUGACUGACUUUGCAGGACAGUGUUCAUAUUAUGCCUCACACCAAAUUUUUUUGAGUCCGCGGGCGUUCUUCAUUCUGGUGCUGAAUAUGGAGAAGAAGUUUGAUGAUAAGGUUGGAGAAGAAGUGUGUUGUCAGGAAGGCUCCAUUUACGGGGGAUGGACACACAGAGAUUAUCUUGAAUUCUGGAUGAAGUCCAUUCAUCAAUAUGGCAAUGAUAAGGCUCCUGUCAUCCUGGUUGGAACACACAGUGAGAACAAAACAGAAAAGGAAAAAGAACUGUUUUUCCGAGAAGUAUGGAAGACUCUUGACAUGAAGAAGAAGUCUUUGCAAAAAAACAUAUUGAUGUGAAACGUCGAUUUGCGGUUGGAUUCCAUGACAAUGAAAGCAUUGAAAAACUUAAGCUGUCCAUUGCUGAUGUCGUGUGCAAGCUUGAUCACUGGGGUGAAGAGCUUCCACAGUCUUGGGCUAUGUUUGAAACAUUCUUUCAGGAAAAGAAAAUUCGCAAGAUUUUGAGUAGGAGUGAACUUCAGUCUUUCAAUGAAACAUUGCCAGAGGGAAUAAAGCUCCAUAAUAUUGAAGAUAUGGAUGCCAUGCUGCAGUUCUUCCAUGACGUCAGAGAAAUUAUACACUUCAAUCAACAAUUCCUCAAUAAAGUUAUUAUUCUCGAUGUUCAGUGGUUUGCAGAUGCAUUUAGAAAUGUCAUAACAGAUAAAAACCAUGCACAAGAAGAUUUAUUUGAAUUUGCCUCAGAAUGGGACAAAUUCAAUGAAACUGGAGAAUUAGAUGAAGCACUGCUAUCUGCUAUAUGGAGAAUGAACAACAAUGAUUACAUCGAACAUAAAGAGGACAUCAUGAUGUACAUGGAGAAGUUAGGACUCUUAGCUAAAAUGAGCGACAAAAUAUGGUAUGUCCCGUGUAUGAACAAGAUGCAAUUUCCAGUAGACUGUUUUUCAUUAUACCAUGCUUCCUCCAUCCUCUGCUACACAUUUGAUUUUCUUCCUGUGGAAAUUUUCCAUCGCCUUGUAGCAAUGUGCAUGCAGAUUCCUUGGGAGAUUUUUACAGAUGAAGAAAGAGGAUGCAUUUACCAGACUGCAGCUAUUUUCAUGUUUCCUGACCAACAUCAUAACAUCAUGAUUGGAAUGACUCAAACAGAAAUUCAGGUGCAAGUAUUUGUUGUGGAGGGAGAAGUUGAUGUUUCAACCUGUCACCGUAUUAGAGAAAACAUCGAGAGUAUAUUACACAAUCUCUCCAACACAUUCCAGAAAAACUCGGAUUUCCAGAUUGCAUUCAAAUGCAAAUUCACUGGAUUUUGCGACAGCAAAGAAAGCGCUGUCAUUAGUGAAUCUAAGUUUAUCAAAGAAUCAUUUCUUUGUCCAUCCUGUCCGGCAAAGAAAAAGCACCGUAUAGUCACAGAAGAUAUAACAAAAUAUUGGGAACAGACCAAACCAAGUAAUCCCAGCACUUUGACAGCUUCUGGACAAGAUCUUGGCGGCCGCACUAGAUUUGCCAAACUUGGAAUGGCAAUAAACGAUGUGUUAAAUCAGAUAUACAGAGAUAUACUAGAGAUGGAGGUCCCCCCUUUCCUAAUUUACAACAAGGUGAAAGCAUCAUCAAUUUAUAAAAGAUUGCGCCCCGAGCAGGAAUACCUCUUACAAAAUCCUCAACAAUCAGGAUAUAAGACUUUUGAUAUUUCAUUGACAUACACACUGAUCAGAAACAUUUGUUCAAAGAUCCCGAAACCGACAAAAGGAAAAUGGGGCGACGAGCCUACAGCAGGAGAAGUGACCGUGGGUGAUGAUAUCGAGAGAAUUAGGUCAAUCCGAAACAGUUUGACUGCACACGUGAGCUCAGCAUCCACCCCUCAGACAGAAUUCAAUGACACCUGGUCGACAAUGUCAGACAUCUGCAAGAGAUUGGAAACCUUCACUGGAAAAACAUACUUGGAUAAGCUUGAAAAUAUUCAAAAACUACACAUAAAGGAGGAAGAUGAAGAUACUUUUAAAAAAAUGAAAGAAAUGUGGGAGAAAAUCAAAUUAAAUAUACAAGAAUUCGAAUCCAUGUUCAAACCUUACAUAGAUGCUACAAAUUAAGAUAACCAAUCUUUGAAUGCGGAGAGAAAUGUUUGAAUCAUAACGUACAAACUGGUCGACAUUUUCAGAUAUCUGCCAAAAUUUGAAAAUAUCACUGUAAGCGGGUUACAGUGAAACCAAUACUGUCGGAUUUUAAAGAAAGAAAGCUUGAAAGCAAAGAUGCUACAAAUUAGGGGUAUUACUCAUAAAUCGUUUAACUAUGUGAAUGUGUAUAUCGUUAAAGUAGUCUGAAUUCAUUAUCGAAUACUGCAGUGAUUUUUUUUUUGUAGGAUCUGAUAUGUAAACCUGAGAUUCAUCAUAAUAUUCUUAUCCCAAUUCUGGGGC